AUGCCUUGGGUUGUUUUGAACUUCACCGUGUCAGAGCCGAUUUUCACGUUCUAUCAAAAUCAAGACAAAGCGAAAUUAAUCGAAGAAUACAACGGCAAGGGUAUUCUUGACGUUUUUCGAAAAUGGUCUUCGUGGAAGUCGAUGCAGCUUUAUCCGUUUCGAAAAACAUUUUUGGGCAUCGAUACUUUGCUUGCCUACGGCAUAUACGUCGAAGACUCGACUGUUGACUUUCGAUUGGUCGUAUUAUUUGUUGGCGGUUUGUUGCUGUUCUUCGCUGCGAAAUGGCUCAGUCGUACUGCGGUUACUUAUUACAUCAGCGGGUCGCUGUUGAGCAUCGUCGGCUCACUGCUCGUCCUCGUUUUUAUUAUUUUCCGUUCUCUACCAAAGAAAUCGACAUCGUUGGCUUUUUUGUUUGGCGGUUGGUCGUUGGUUCUGUUCAUUUUGUCUCGGGUUUGGCAAAACCUACUCUCGGUGUUUCAGAUGCAUACGACUUGGAUUGCAGCUUACGCGGUAUCUUUAUUUUUGAAACGUGUAUCUUUCACCAAUUAUUUCAGUCAGCCUUGACA